AGUAAUGAAAAGCAGACAAUACUUUAGACUUGUUUGAUCGCACGUGGCGUUGUUCAAUAAUUUUGUGGCCUCUUCUGAUAAUUUUGACAUUUAAUAAUCUUGAUUGAAAAUGACUGACGUUGUCCAGGAAAUCAAGAAAUCGGAGAAGAAAAAGAAAACCGUUGUUAAAAAGACCGCUGUCGAGAAGACCGCUGUCAAGAAAAACGCUGUCAAGAAAACCGCUGUAAAAUCUACCAAAUCUGAUGCGACUUUGUUGAAAGAUGCUAAAAAAAGAAUAAUGAGUCUCCAGAAAAAGUCCAAGAAAGAUUCUAAGAAGGAAGGAAAGGUUAAAGUGAAGACUACAAAGAAAAAUCCCAAGAAACGUGGAGUUGUCUACCUUGGUCAUAUUCCCCAUGGUUUUUAUGAAGAAGAAUUAAGAGGUUUCUUUUCACAGUUUGGGGAAGUUUCUCGAGUUAAAGUCUCAAGGAGUUCCAAAACAGGGAAAAGCAAAGGGUAUGCUUUCAUUGAAUUUGCCUUCAAUGAUGUUGCUAAAAUUGUUGCGGAAACUAUGAACAAUUAUCUCAUGUUUGAAAGGCUUGUAAAAGCCCAGUAUAUUCCACCAGAGAAAGUUCAUUCCAAUACGUUUCCCAUUCGCUUCAUGACUCCCGAGUGUUAUCCAGCACUUGUUCGAAGGAAUCGUGUUUUGUCAAAACAAGAUAAGCCUGUAACUAAAGUUAACAAAAUGAAGCACAGAAGCCGCAUCCAAUUUAAAAUAGGCCAAGCUGUCAGUGGGCUUAAGAAACUAGGUAUUGACCAUCAUCCUCAAAUCUAUGACCCUGAAGCCGGUCAGCUCCAGAAUGAAAGCAUUUCUCUCACUAAUGACGAUGAAGUUCCUCAGCUGGUUGCAAUUCAACCUAGUACUACUACUGAGAAUAAACAAUCAAAGAAAGUGGGAAAGGCGCUCAAGAAGGAUAACGUCAAAGUGAAAUCAACCACCGAUUCCACACCCACGAAACCGACUAAUGUUACAGCAGAUGCUGUCUCAGUUGCCAUCCAACCAACUACACCAGAAAAAACAUCGCCCAAAAUAACGCGUAAUCAACGUAAAGCUCUCCUGAAAAAGAACAAAGAUAAUGCUGUUGAGGAGAAACCUACAACAGAUUCCUCACCGGCCGCCCCGACUGAAGCAGAAAAAGUCCUCAAGUUAGAUCAGAAAGCAUUGCCCAAAGCGAACAGUGGAAGCAAUACUAAGGAAUCGCCAAAAGGAAAAAGGAAAAGCUUAGCAGUAACUGAAACCAAUCCAGCAGCAAGUGUUGCGGUAUCGCAAUCGCCAAGCAAACGUUCGAAAUUAGCUACUCCUUCUAAAGCUGAUAAAACACCUUCGAAGAAGGAUUCUAAAGUGUCAGCCAAGCCUUCUCCUCAACCCGCUAAAACAUCUGAAAAAGCCAAGCCCAAGACUUUGGAAAAAGCUACUGCUCCGUCAAAAUUACCCUUACGCUCCGUUAAAGGGAAAAAGUCUGUUUGAAAUUGUUCAGUUAAUAAACGACAUUUCUAAUCAUUA